AUGGCGGGAAUCGUCAACGGCCCUCUUUCCCUAUUCCGGAAGUCGGACUCUUCGAAGCCUCUCCAUGCUCGAUGGGGCGAUGUGUCCAUUUCUGUCCCUACAGAUGGAUCAUGGAACCAGUAUGACAACCCCCAUCGACCAGUCACGGAGAGGCAAGCAUAUGGACCGGGAUAUGUCCCCGACUGCUCUCCCCAAGACCGAAACCCUCGGCCAUUAAAGGAUGAUGACCCAGACGACGACAACCGGAGUGUUUCAAGCGUAGCAUCAACUGCCUCGCGCCGAAACUCACUGUCAUUGGGAGCAUUGCGACCGGGUCGCCUAUCUGUACGACUAGCCUCGCGCCCGAAACAUCUGCGAGGCGAAACAGCAUCAGAGAGAGAUGCCCAGCGCGUGGAGCAAAAGAGAACAGAGUUUGCUUAUAGACCGAUUCAACAAGACUACACGUCCGAGGUGGUUGAAAAUUCCUCCCAGUCAAGCAACAGAUUCAAGUAUAUCCCGACCAACGGGCGAUAUCUUGAAGGAUCGAGCUCUCGCUCUGCCGCACCACGCAGCCAGUCUGUCAGUUCAUAUCGGACAUCCUAUUCUGGCCGAGAAUCACUAGCCGAAUCCAUUGAUGAAAGAGACGUCGGUUACGAUCGCGAUCGCUUUCAGUCUCAAAUCCCGAUGGCUCACGGGGGUGCUUACGUCGAGGAUGACCGUCGGAGUCUCCGCUCGAGUCUUGGAGACAGCUCGGACAGUUCUAGUUCCCGGCGAAAUGUUGGUCUGCCACCUCGACGUAAUACGUCGCCUUUUGUGGCAGCUGAUCGGAGGAGGGCUUCUUUCGUUAAGCCCAUGACUUUGGCCAUGGUUCCUGACCCCGAUGAGCUCUACGAGUGA